AAAUCUUUCUCACCCUUCCAACAACUACUAUAGAUCUUCUUGCUCUUCAAAUUAUUUUCAAAAAAAUAUUAAUUAAAUUUGAAAAUAAUAAAAGACAAAUACAAGGAACGAAAGACAGGAAGAUAUGGGUUUUGUUGAUCAUCUAUCAGACAAGUUUGAGGUUACAAGCACAAGAAAGAGCUCAAGAAAAGCCAUGCAGACAGUUGAAAUCAUGGUGGAAAUGGACUGUGAUGGUUGUGAAAAGAGAGUGAGGAAAGCUGUUUCAUCUAUCAAAGGCGCGGAGUCAGUGGAAAUCGACAGAAAUGAAAGCAGGGUGACGGUAAAGGGUUAUGUGGAACCAAACAAGGUGUUAAGGAAGGUGCAAAGAACAGGAAAGAGUGCUGAGUUUUGGCCAUACGUUAGAUAUGAUUUGGUGGCCUACCCUUAUGCCCAUGAAGCCUAUGAUGAGGUAGCACCCCAGGGUUAUGUCAGGAAUGUCCCUCAAGCCCUUCUGCCCAAUCCCACCACUGAAAGGUUCACCACCAUGUUUAGCGACGAAAACCCUAAUGCUUGUUUUAUUAUGUAAAGUUUUAAGUUCUACUCUCAAUUUUAAAUUUUGAUGUUAGAUUAGUAUGAUACGAUAUAUAGUUAUUCUUUAAUUGUGUAGUAGGUAUUCUUUGAUUUUGUAA